ACAAAUCCUCCAGAGAGGUAGACUACAAUUGUGUUGUUGCAUCAUAAAGCAAUGAACGUGCUGGUGCUUAUUUUUUACAGUCUAUGGGUGGUAGGCGUUUGACAUGACGUUUGAUGGUUCCACCGGUUGGUAGAAAGGGAGGUUUUUUGGCAUCAUUCCCGCGCUUUAGGUUUACAGUGUGUAGAAGAAUCUUUGUUACUGGCACAGACGGCAUUCACUGCAGAGACAACCCAUCUUAAUUUGCUGGCAAAUUCAAACAUGCCAGUUGUCCUCUUCAGGUAGAUUUUUCCAGCGAGGACACCAGAAAAAUGCAUUUCAGCCUAGUACUGCCAAUUUUGAGCCUAAUGUUUGGGGCGACAAAGGUGGAUGCUUGUGUGUGGGCUGUGAAGUUGUGUGAACUGGGGGACCCACUUACAUCUCUGUAUGUGUGCAAUAUAAACUUGGACCACAUGGGCUCUGGUGGCAUGGAGAAGCAGAAACUUAGCCUCAAAGUGAACCCAGUCAUCAAGUCUCUUACUGACCAGCCUGUUGACACAGAACACGUUACUUACUAUGGAUUCCCCUACUAUGUAAGGAUAAACUUAGACUGCGGGGACGAACAAGAAUCUGUAAAAGCCAUGCAGAAGGCCUUGUUUAUUGGUCUGAACCCAUCUGCGAUCCUGUCUGUUGUGGAGCCAGUGCAUCCAACCCUCCUGAAGCCACAAAGGUUGAACAUCAUCAUGACCUCAGCACCUCUCCAUGAUGACGUGCCAUGCGAUAGCGAACUCUGUCAAUUUGGUUGGUAUGUUCCCAUGCCCAUCGUAAAUGGCUCAGUGGUCUACAGGAUGAAAGUCAUGUCCAAUGGUCAGGGCUUUCAUGUUCCUGAGAAAAGCUUUGCUCUAAACGUUAAUGGCAUAAUUCAAACACGGAUAGAAAGAAGUCAAGAGGUUUCUUUUGGCACGCAGUGGUCAUCAUUUGAAGUAUUUGCCGGAAGUCCUUCCCGUCCCUUGUGGUCAACAGCCGACAACGCUCCGGUGAUGGUGCUCGCAGCAAUCCCCAAUUACAAGGGCGUCCUCAUUACAUCAUCCGAGUUUGAUCACAGCACUCUCAUUGAGGUGGCCAUUGAAAGUUGCUGGGUCGGCUCGAUGAGAUGCCCCCAGGCGGAGUUUGCAUUAACGAUCCAGGAGGCCAUCGCCUUUGAGAGCACCGUCUUUAUCAGACAAAACCAACUGCUGCAUCAAUUUGUUGGAAACUACUCUCUGCUCGCGCUUCAAGCCAGCUCCUCAGAUGCAUGGGAGCAAGUGUUGCGCUCAUUUUGUGUGGAAAAGCUGGUACCUGUGCCCACAUCCAAUACGGGGAAUGAAUUUUUCUACAUUCUUGGUGGAGGUGCUGAUAUGGGGACUCUGUAUCGAGCUGACAUUCACGAUGGUGACGCUACAUUUACAGAGUUGCGAGACACUAAUGGUCGAACAAUAUGUGAAUAUAUGGUUUACAGCUUGGGAGUAUAUGAAAUAUGUCUGAUAAGAUGGGUGACACAUCGAGCAGACGAAGAUGGGACCAGCAUUGUUCUGGCGAAGUUCUAUUACAGCCGAUCACACUGGACUUACCACGUUGUCUUGCAUGAUCAGAAUUUCCAUCUACAUGGCAAGUUACCCAAAUAUGUCCCAGAGGAUACCGGGGACUCAUUCAUAGUUGUCAACAGUAUGACCCCUGACAAAUCCACCGCAAACAAUAUAUAUGUGAUUAUGAUUGGAAUAGUCUACAACCCCAACAGUGGCAUUCUGUACCUCUGGGGCAACUGCCUCAUUUGCUCUUUUGAUGAAGGAAAAACGUUCCUAUUUGUCCGAGGUUUCCCGACCACAAGGUCCAUCAAAUACUUCAGUCUGUCCUACCAUGGAGAGUUUGCCUUUGUCACGUAUCAUGAAGAGGUGUGGUGGGGGCAAGAGGGGGUGGACACAGUAAUAAGGGUGAAGCCAUCUCCCGGAUAUUUUGUUUUUGGAGGUCUGCAGAGCCUAAAAGGUUUUAAAAAAUAUAUGUGGCCAACUGAUUUGGUAACAGUGUUUUGGGACAUUGAGAAUCAACUGCAAGAGGUCGUAUAUUAUGAAGUUAAAAGAAAAGCACAUCUUGUGAAGAGGAACUUACCUGUAGCAGAGAUUUUGUCCUACAAUCUUUUCACUGAGAUGUUUUGGACAGAACAAGGCUCAUAUAACUUCUUCAACUUCCCCCGCACUUGUCCGUUUUUCUGGGAGUACCUGGAGGACCUGCCCCAGCCUGAGCCAUACAGCCGCAUCCAGCAAUACACAGCCAGGCCCCCACUGGUCACCCAUCCCUCUGGGAUACAGACCACAACCUCCCUGGCCACCUACCAGGGCCUCUUGUACCAUUUGCUGAAACUACACUCAGAAUAUAUACAGGAUAUUGGUGAUCCAGCACAAAAUCCAAUAUCUCGCUUAUUGAUGGACAAAAUGGUCCUUGAGGACUAUUUCUUCUACAUGUCCAGCAAUGGAAUAUCCUCAUCUGGAUACAGUGUUGAGAUGGACAGUUUUUCACGGAUGUACACAAAUCCAGAGAUCUACCUUCCAGAUAAAGUGUACCUCGAUCUCCACACAUCUUACUCGUUUUCAGUCUAUAUCAACGCUGGAAACCCGGCAGUAUCACGAGAUGAGAUUAAGAACAUCUGGAUUUCGGCAGAGGUUUCAGACAAUGACUUUCUUCACGCAAUUGUCACGAGGCAUGAGUUCUUCAAUCGAGCAUCCAUAGUUUAUAAGGUGACAGUCUCUGACAGAGGGGCAUUUCCAGGGCAGGCUCUGGCAGGAUAUGGACUCCGUCCCUUCACCCUGCUUCUGAAGGUGCUUCGCUCGGAGGGAAGAUGUUUUCAGGACACUGACCGAGCGAUUGUUUCUCAGGGUCAGCAGAGAAUAACCGUCUAUAUUGGCUGUCCUCCUGGUAAGCGCUUGGCAUUUGAUAUCACAAAAACAUUGGAAGAGUGUUCCCGUCUCAACAAGCAUUACUUCGACUGUCCUUACCCUAGCCCAAAAGUCCCUUGUUUCUACUACAGCGACUUGUUUUAUCCCUUCUUUCUCAUCCAGGACAUGGUGUCAGGAGAAUCCGGGCCUUUCUUGGGCAGCUAUACUUUCAAAGUAGUAGGUGGCGGUGCAUACUCCAGAAAGAACAUCCGCUAUUUUACUUCAGAGGAAAUAUUACUGUACAACAGUUAUAACCAUAGCUCCAAGCAGACUCUGACUCUGAUGUGGACUUAUGAGGGCACGUCGGUCAACAAAACCCAAGAAGGGUUUGAAGUGUUAAGUGGAACCAACAACAAGAUUCGAUGGCUGUGCGAGAAGAACUCCCCAUGUGGCGACCUGUCAGCACAGGGACUGAUGGCUCCGGAUUUCUUCUUCAUCAUUGAGGUUUCUAACAAGGGUGUGGAUAUGAACACAUAUUGUGACUAUGCACUGCGGUUUGAAAUUCAUGUUCAUGGAUUUCCACUUGAUCCAACAAGAGCUCUUUAUUUCAUGCUGAUGACCUUGGCCACCAUAGGCGUGAUUCUGUUCUGUUACAUUGUGUUCCACUGUUGUGGCCCUGGACUCAAAACACUGGGGAAGGCUGCUUAUCAGGCAGCCAAGGAGCAGCCCCAUAUUGAGAGAGAGUCUUCUUUGCUGAUGGAUGAGCCUGAGCCUAUGACAUAUACAAGGGUUCGAAGAUGACAUUGAUAGCUGGCUCUGAAUCGGAUUUGGCGAUGAUUAGUCAGAUUUUACCAUAUAACUGGGCCGACCCAUUCCAAAGUUGGCCAUUGUUGGGAUCAGUUCUUACUGCACCAAAAUCAUCUUUGUUUGGAGAUUUCAAAAUGCGUUUGUAUUGUUCCAUAAAUAGUAAAAAAGAAAAAGACAUAGUACUUGAUGUUGGGUGAUGUGAAUUGUGAAUUGGGUACUUGAUUACACUGAUCAAUACAUUUA